GCUCCGAGCUGUGAAAUGAUACGAGCGGAAGGAAAAGCCCGUCGUCAUGUGAUCCGUCUAAAUGCGUGAGCCUGACAGAUCGAUACACGCUGAAAAGGAUGGCAGACACCGGCAAGACCGAGAAAUUCCAGCUGCACGUUCCAAACCUCGCGGAAUUAUGCCAGGUGCUGCAAUCAGGACUGAAUAAGAAUUUUUCUGAUGUAAAAGUGUCUGUAACUGACUGUCCAGAUCUUACACAAGAGCCUUUUGGGUUUCCUGUCAAGGGUCUUUGUGGCAAACCUCGUAUCACCGAUGUGGGAGGUGUACCAUAUCUGAUUCCUUUGGCCCAACCGAACAAGGUGCAUUAGUAAACUAUAAAUCUGACUGUCAUAAAAAACACUAUUGUACCCUAACCGAUGCAAACUUUCUCCUAUAAGCAGAGGUGGAUGGUAACAAAGUACAUUUAUUUGAGUGUUUACUUUAUGCAUACUCGAGUUUUUGAAAAUUUUGCUGUGAUGUCAAAUAAAUCUUGCUAUUUUGCUUUUAUAUUAGACGCCAGGGUUUUUUGGAAAAAAA